AUGCAUAGUACCCAGGAGAGUGGAUCAGUGUCCAGGAGAGUGCAUCAGUGUGCAGUGCAAUUCACCAGUGCCCAGCACAGUGCACCAGUGCCCAGCACAGUGCACCAGCUCCCAGAACAGUGCACCAGCACCCAGCACAGUGCACCAGCACCCAGCACAGUGCAUCAGUGCCCAGCUCAAUGCAUCAGUGCCCAGCACAGUGCAUCAGUGGCCAGCACAGUGCAUCAGUGCCCAGUGCAGUGCAUCAGUGCCCAACACAGUGCAUCAGUGCCCAGUGCAGUGCAUCAGUGCCCAGCUCAGUGCAUCAGUGCCCAGCGCAGUGCAUCAGUGCCCAGCACAGUGCAUCAGUGCCCAGCUCAAUGCAUCAGUGCCCAGCACAGUGCAUCAGUGCCCAGCACAGUGCAUCAGUGCCCAGUGCAGUGCAUCAGUGCCCAACACAGUGCAUCAGUGCCCAGCUCAAUGCAUCAGUGCCCAGCGCAGUACAUCAGUGCCCAGCACAGCUCAUCAGUGCCCAGUGCAGUGCAUCAGUGCCCAGCACAGUGCAUCAGUCCCCAGUGCAGUGCAACAGUGCCCAGGACAGUGCAUCACUGUCCAGUACAGUGCACCAGUGCCCAGUGUAGUGCAUCAGUACCCCGUGCAGUGGAUCAGUGUCCAAAACAGUGCAUCAGUGCCCAGCGCAGUGCAUCAGUGCUCAGCGCAGUGCAUCAGUGCCCAGUGCAGUGCAUCAGUGCCCAGCGCAGUGCACCAGUACCCAGUGCAGUGCAUCAGUGCCCAGUGCAGUGCAUCAGUGCCCAGGAGAGUGCAUCAGUACCCAGGAGAGUGCAUCAGUGCCCAGGAGAGUUCAUCAGUGCCCAGUGUAGUGUAUCAGUGUCCAGAACAGUGCAUCAUUGCCCGUCACAGUGCAUCAGUGCCUAG